AUGAAGGAAUUGGACUACGAAAACAUUGUCACUCUUUACGAUGUCAUCCACACCGAAAACAAGUUAACCCUUGUUUUUGAAUACAUGGACAAGGACCUCAAGAAGUACAUGGAAGUCCACGGUAACCAAGGCGCGUUGGACUUGAAGGUAGUGAAGCUGUUUAUGUUUCAACUUCUUAAGGGGAUCAUGUUCUGUCACGACAACCGCGUCCUCCAUCGUGAUCUUAAGCCUCAGAAUCUUUUGAUCAACAACAAGGGCGAGCUCAAGUUGGGCGAUUUCGGCUUAGCCCGGGCCUUUGGUAUUCCCUUCAACACAUUCUCGAAUGAAGUGGUGACGCUCUGGUACCGUGCUCCCGACGUAUUGUUGGGGCUGAGAGCUUACACCACCUCGAUUGACAUUUGGCUGGCCGGGUGUAUUUUUGCCGAGAUGUGCACGGGGAAGCCCCUCUUCCCGGGGACCGCUAACGAGGAUCAAUUGAUGAAGAUCUUCCGUUUGAUGGGUACCCCCAACGAGCGCAAUUGGCCAGGGGUGCUGCAAUAUGCUGAAUACAAGAGUAAUUGGCAGAAUUUCCCGGCUCAGGACUUACGACGCAUUGUGCCGAACCUUGACCUGGUGGGCAUCAAUCUCCUUCUGUUGUUAUUACAAAUGCGGCCCGAAGCUCGCAUCACCGCCCGCCAGGCAUUGCAACACCCAUGGUUCCACGAAAUCACCAACCCCCAAAUCCAAUCGUCGAUACCCGAUCCUUAUGUCCAACAGAACCAACCUUAUGACAUGAACCACCAACAACAAUCGUAUGACAUCAACCACCCGGCGCCCCCUCCCUACUGA